UCCUACCGUCAAAAGGACUUUAAAUUUAUUAUUACUCCAGUAGCUUGUUGCCACUUCGCACGAAAGAAAACCGGACCUUCCUGUUGAUUGUCUUUAAGUCAUGCAUUGUCAGACUCUUGAAUUCAUGAUGAUACGGUGGUUAUUCCGUCAUUUGUCCAACUGAGCUCACUUGACACACGUCUAGUCUGACAAUCAUCGCCAAAGGCGGCUUCAACGUCGCUCAUCGGAACGCAGUCCAUGAAAUCAACAGCGCCAAACUCUUUGUGGGAUGUUGAAUGCCACUACUCCCACACAGUCCAACGAAUACACGGAGAUGUCUCGGCUGGCCGACUACUUUGUAGUGGUCGGCUAUGAUCACGAGAAGGAAAGAGGUGGCAUAAGUAAUGGGAUUAUUCUACAAAGAUUUCCUGAGAAGGACUGGUCCGAUACACCAUUUAUUGAAGGGAUAGAAUGGUUUUGUCAACCACAAGGAUGGGCUCUUUCCACAGAAAGACAAGAACCCAGGUUCUUUGUAUCCAUAUUAACAGAUAUAGAUGCAAAUCGACAUUAUUGCGCAUGCAUGUGCUUUAAUGAAACAGUUUCUAUCACUCCUAGUAAGCCUGUAGAUGAGGAAGAGGAACCUGUCGAUGGAGACAGCCGUACUUUGGUCAGAGCCAUUCCUACCAUUGCUCAUCACAGUAUCAUGUAUGCACCGAAGUGUCUGGUGCUGGUCUCCAGACUGGAUUACAUAGAAACUUUUCGGAACUGUCUGGGAAUCAUUUACACCGUGUAUGUAGAAAAUCUUGGCAUUCCUUUAGAAACCUUGGUGGGGAAUAUCUUAGGAUGCAUACAGGUGCCACCAGCAGGUGGUCCCCAAGUGCGCUUUAGCAUUGGCGCUGGCGAUAGACAAGCUUUACAACCACCGAUCAGUCCUUCGCUUCCUAUUACACACACUAGUGUCAAUCUGCUAUUUCAACAGCUAAGUAUUCGCAAUGUUCUGGUUUUAUUUUGUGCUGUCAUGACGGAACACAAGAUUCUCUUCCAUUCGGCUAGUUAUUCCCGUUUGACAGAAGGAUGUCGAGCACUUACUGCGCUAAUGUAUCCCUUCAGAUACACUCAUGUAUACAUUCCACUUUUACCAGCAGCUCUAGUCGAAGUACUGAGCACGCCAACACCAUUUAUAAUGGGAGUGCACAGUUCCCUUAAGCAUGAAGUUGCUGAGCUGAUGGACGUAAUAGUGGUCGACCUGGAUGGUGGUUCAAUAAUGGUUCCCGAUGGAGUUUCACUUUCGUUACUACCAGAACCAUUACUUUCUCAGACGCAGGAUGCCCUGUCUCUAGUUUUACAACCUGAGUUGAGUUGCGCAGAUUAUGCAUUUCCACCGCUGGCUACCAGGGCGCCACAUCCUCCUAUGCUGGACAAAGAACUUCGAGCGGUGUUUAUGAGAACGUUUGCCCAGCUUCUUCAAGGAUAUAGAAGCUGCCUGACCUUAAUACGCAUACAUCCUAAACCUGUCAUCACUUUUCACAAGGCCGCAUUUCUGGGCGAACGAGGAUUGAUAGAUUGUGAUUUCACCAUCAGAGUUCUGGAUUGUAUGUUCUUCACAUCCUUUAUCACUGAACGUGGUCCCCCAUGGCGACCAUGUGAUGUCUGGGAUGAGCUGUACAGUAAUCUCAGCGAUCAGCUGAAGCAGGAGGCACAAGAUCACAGAUUGAUUCUGAAUCAUAUUCAAGAACUUGCACAACAACUGUACACCAAUGAGAAUCCGAAUCCUCAACCGUACGUGCAGAAAAUCCUGAAACCUCCAGAAGGAGCCUUUGCCAGGAUACACCAACCAUUGCUUCCACGUAUAAAUCCUGAACAAGUACAAGCAAUAAUAGAUGAAGGUCUUGCCAAGAAUAAUCUUAAAGUAAGGUUAUCAUCUCUACGGCCCAUUCAGCCACGAAUAGUACCCAUUGGACCCCAUAUUUCAAUAGUGCAUGAUACGCGACAUCUGGUUAGCAAUUCAGCACGUAGAUUGGAAGUGCUACGCAAUUGCAUAAACUGCAUAUUUGAAAAUAAAAUAUCCGAUGCGCGUAAGACAUUCCCAGCAGUUCUUCGUGCCUUGAAGAGUAAAGCAGCCCGAUUGGCACUUUGUAUGGAAUUAUCACAACAUGUUGUGGGAAACAAAGCGAUGCUGGAACAUCAGCAAUUUGACCUCGUGGUCAGAUUGAUGAACUGUGCUUUACAAGAUGAUUCCUCGAUGGACGAACAUGGUGUAGCCGCGGCAUUGUUGCCAUUGGCAACGGCAUUCUGCAGGAAACUCUGCACAGGUGUAAUACAAUUCGCCUAUACAUGUAUUCAAGAACAUGCAGUAUGGCAGAACCAGCAGUUUUGGGAAGAUGCGUUCUACCUGGACGUUCAGAAGGACGUGAAACGUCUUUACUUACCUGGUGAAAAUUCACCACCAAGACUGUCUAAUGAGGGUAUCCUGAGUCCUGUAAGUCCUCGAGAGAACAAGGAAUUUCCAUUCAGAGAUCGGUGCUCGGUGUAUCGAACUCAAGAACCAUCUGCCCUGGAAAUUGCUGCCGAGCAAAUGAGAAUUUGGUCCUCCAUUGAUUCUGAGAAGCAAUGUGAGCUCAUUACUAGUGAGGAGAGUACCAUGUACAGUCAAGCGAUUCACUAUGCGAACAGGAUGGUUUAUUUGCUAGUCCCGCUGGACAUCGGUGCCAAGACACAUCGACCCGAUAACGUUUACUAUGAUGAAAGAGCGAGCAACAGUAUCACCAAUAGUGUCGCCAGUGACAGUGGAGAUGCUGAAUCUGGAUUCGAGGAAACUGAUCCUGGUGAAACAGGAACAGCCGUGAUACGUAUGGUAUCGCGGUUUGUCGAUAGAGUCUGUACCGAGGGUGGCGUUAGCGCCGAACACGUUAGAUGUCUUCAUCAAAUGGUUCCUGGUGUGGUUCACAUGCACAUUGAGACGCUGGAAGCUGUUCAUAGAGAAAGUAAACGAUUACCACCAAUACAAAAGCCUAAGAUACUGACCCCGAAUAUGCUACCCGGUGAAGAGGUGAUAAUGGAUGGUUUAAGGGUGUAUCUUUUACCGGAUGGACGAGAGGAGAGUUCUGCUGGUCUUCCAAAAACUCCGCCACUGUUGCCGGCUGAGGGUGCCAUUUUUCUUACAAACUACAGAAUAGUUUUUAAAGGGAUACCUUGUGAUCCGUUCGCUUGCGAACAACUAGUCGUUCGAGCCUUCCCAGUGACUUCUUUAACAAAAGAAAAGCGCGUAGCCGUUCAACAUUUGGCACAUCUAGAUCAAUGUCUUCAGGAAGGAUUGCAGUUGCGAUCAUGUACUUUUCAGUUGAUAAAAUUAGCUUUUGAUGAGGAAGUUACGCCAGAAAAUAUUGAAACCUUGAGGAAACUCGUCCACAAAGAACGUUAUCCUCCACAUAUCUUUCAUCAUUUUGCUUUUAACGGUCAAGUGGUGGUGACACCGACAGCUCAUCAUAAGGGAAAGGAAAAGAAUGCCACCCUUAAGGGUUUUGCUAAAAAAACUUUAUUAAAAACGGCCAGAAAAGCGGGUUUCAAACCUAAACAAUCGUCUAAAAGGCAGAAAUACGUUCUGCCAAAUAUGAAUAUUAUGGGCAGUAAUAAAUACAUGACAUCACCUGGAAGAAUGAGUCUUCCAGUAACCGACAACAACGACCUGAGCCACGAUGACGAUCUUAGCAUCGACGAAUUCGAGAUUCCUGGUAUCGUGGCACAACCUCCAACAGAUGCGAAGACAUUGGAACGACUCUCAGAGAGAAGUUACGUUAGGGAUUGGUAUAGAAUCGGCCUUUGUCCGAAUGGUCCACACAAUAAUCGAAGAAACGAGCCGUUCCGUUUGACGUCAGUAAAUUGCGCGUACAUGAUGUGCAGGAGUUACCCAGCCCUCUUAAUAGUUCCUACCUCGGUAUCAGAUGAGAGUAUUCGCAGAUUCUGUAGGCUGUACAGACACAGUAGAAUACCAGUGGUCACGUGGAGACAUCCAAGAACAAAAGCUUUGCUCAUACGAGGAGCUGGUUACCAUGGUAAAGGCGUCAUGGGGAUGCUGAAAGCACAUCCAUCUUCUGCAGGAAAUCUUAAGGCUACAUCCUCUGAGAGUACGUCAUCACUGGAGCAGGAAAAAUACAUGACGGCUAUGGUGAACGCUACUCCUCUUUCUGUAUUACGUCAAGGCUCUGCCUGGGGAAUGUCAGACAGUUCUCUCAGUAUAGAUUCUCUAUUACUUGCUGCUGAAGAUCGUAAUGCUACUCCAGAACAGUCGCGCCGAAAUCCAUUCAAUAAAGCUAUUGGUACUCUAGGGUCGUCAGGUGGUAAAGGACCAAAAAAUUUUGCACGAUGGGGCUCUCUCAAAGACAAAAGGCAUAAUUCUCAGGCUUCUUUAACAACUGUCAAUCAACGAGGCACUGUCAGACACUCAGCGGAUUCUGACAGUGGCACCGAGUGCGUUCACACUAUUCAACGCGCCGCACUGUAUAUUCUUGGUGAGAAGGCUCAUAUGAAGGCAGGUAAAGCCGAGUCUGCACCAAAGUCUGACUUCAUUCCAGUGGAGUACUACGAUGUUAGACACACUAAAGCGGCAUUUAAAAAAUUGAUGAGAGCCUGUGUACCGAGUUCGCCGAAUCCAGAACCUGAACAAAGCUUUUACAAGCUCAUUGAGAACUCGGAAUGGUUGCAACAACUGCAGAGCUUGAUGCAAUUAUCCGGAGCAGUAAUAGAUCUGAUGGACGUUCAAGGAUCUUCUGUAGCAGUUUGCCUGGAAGAUGGUUGGGAUACGACAGCUACAGUCUGUUCAGUGGCCCAAAUAUGCCUUGAUCCUCACUACAGAACCAUCGAGGGUUUUCGAACUCUUAUUGAGAAGGAAUGGCUAGGUUUUGGGCACAGAUUUGGCCAUAGAAGUAAUCUUGCAGUAAACUCACAAACAACAAACUUCACGCCAACCUUCCUCCAGUUCCUGGAUAUUGUUCAUCAAAUUCUGAGGCAGUUUCCAUUGGCGUUUGAGUUCAAUGACUUUUAUCUGAAAUUCCUUGCUUAUCACUCUGUGUCCUGUCGCUUUCGCACAUUUCUUCUUGAUUGCGAAUUCGAUAGGGUAGAAUGUGGGAUUACUGCUGUCGAGGACAAAAGAGGAUCGUUGACAAGCCACCAUAAGGGUGUGGACACGGGAAGCGAUGACGAGACAGUUUAUCCUGGUGGAAGACUUGCAGGCACCAAUACUGGUUCCAAUCUUGGCCAAAGUAUCUUCGACUACAUCGAAAAGCAACAUGCCAGGUCGCCACUAUUUUUUAACUUCAUGUACACACCAACUACUGAACAUCCAGUACUUCGUCCGGUGUCGCAUUUACCAAGUCUAGAUAUAUGGCAGUAUUAUCUUGAGGAAGAAUUGGCACAUGGACCAGCUUAUGACCUUGAAGUGUUACAACAGGAUUCGCAACAGGAAGAGGAAGCUGAGGCUGCUGACGGAAUUGUGAAAAGCAAUCGCAAAGUGGUGACACAAGGAUACGAUGGGCUGAGUUCGAUGAUACCAGAUCAAUUUUCGCAUCUUCUGGAAGAAAUCCAUAAAUUAGAAACGGAAUUGGGUCAUCUUCCCCAGAAGUGGAAAGUAUUAUGGGAUAAAUUGGAGUUACCUAACACAGAUUCUCUUGCUCGGCACGCUUCAUUCAGCACGGCAUUAGUAAGGCAUCACGGUCGAUUGAUCCAUAAACGUUCGACCUUGGAAUUACUUUUAAGGGGUAAAUUAGCCGGUGGAAACACUUCCGGAAAUGAGGGUUCUGUUUACGCACAUCCGCACAGAUUCGAAAGAUUGGAUUCAGCUACUCCAACGCACUGCGACGCUUGUUCCGGUGUUUUAUGGGGUCCUGUAAAGGCUGGUUUACGUUGCGUCGAUUGCGGCCACGUGUGCCACGAUAAAUGUGCUGAUGCUGUGCCCAAAAACUGUACAAAGUACAAGGCAGUGGCCGACAACUUGCAAUCUCACACGCUGACAAGAAGUGGAGGCGAUAAUGGGAGCGUUAACUCUAGUGUCGCUACAAUGCAAACAUCCUCACAACAGUACUAUGAACAAUUCUCCAGCAACGUAGCAGAAAAUAGAACGCACGAAGGUUAUCUAUAUAAACGUGGCGCCCUACUCAAGGGCUGGAAACAACGAUGGUUCGUUCUCGAUUCUAUAAAACAUCAAUUAAGAUACUACGAUGCCAUGGAGGAUUCUCAUUGCAAGGGUUACAUAGAUUUGGCUGAAGUCGUUUCUGUAACACCAGCUGCACCAACGCCUGGUCCGCCAAAGAAGACGGACGACAAGUCAUUUUUCGAUCUUCGCACGAAUAGGCGGACGUAUAAUUUCUGCGCGAGCGAUGCAACAACAGCUCAAGAAUGGAUUGAAAAAGUUCAAGCAUGUUUGCAGUAGUGUCACCGUGCGGAUUCUAGCCCUAAUUUAAAUUGUGCAAGUGACUGAUAGAAUAAUUGAAAUUUUAAUUUUGUUACAUUAUUUUGUAUAGCUUAAACCCGUGGCAUUGCGUCUUAGACAACCGCAGAGUUUUGCUUUAGAUAUUUUACGAACUGUCGAUAUAAAUAUACAUAACCGUCGGUCAAAGAAAAAUCAAAUGAAGAACGUCGCCAGUGCAACAGCUAAAACGACGUAGGCAAAAAUGUUAGUUAAUCUCGGGCGACGUAUGGUAUAUUAAGAUGCCAAUAUAUUGUAUAUUAUUAUUGUGUCCUAAGUUCAACUAUUCUUUCCGACAAAACACGGAUUUAAAAAUUCUAGCUGGAAGAAGAGAGAUCGACACAACAAUCCUCGUGGGCAUACUGCUUUCCCUCGUUUUAAAAGAGUUUUUUUUUGGUUUCUCUAUAUGGCGAUUAUUUAAACAAAUUUAACAAACGGAGGAAGAACCUCGAUGCGAUCGUUACCGCACGUAGAAACACUUUAUUAGAUUAGCCUGCGUAUAUCUGUCGAUAUAUUAUAAUAAUUAUUAUUAUUAGUUAUUAAAAUAAUUGUCAUUAAUUGUUAUAUAGUAAGACGCGAUCUCGCUUAUUACCAAACGGGCGGUAAACGAUAUCCAGACAGAGUAUCGAAACGCUUGUUUACACCCAAGACCGUCUCUCUCGCUAAUUAAUUUGUUCGCUUGACCCUGCUGAGCUUUUAAUUAAAUUUUAAAAAAGUGGUUAAGGGCGAAAGGAUCAAGAAUUAAAAUUUGUAUUCGUAUAGUUACUGGCGAUAAGAAGGGCAGGGGACAGCCAGAAAGUAAAUGGGCAAUAUAGCUAUCCUUCUAUAAGUGCGAAUCCCGUACAAAUUGUCCCGUUUUUAAAAAAAAAAAGCGUAAAAUGAUUCCAGAAAUAAUUAUCGAAUAUCGAUUAAUGUCGAAUAUUUAAAAUCGACAACAAAAUUUUAAGAGCGUCAAUGUACGUUACAGAAAUAUUACUAUUUUUUUUUUCGAGAAUUUAGUUUAACUUGGAAUUUAAAAGAUCUGUGCAUAAGAUAUCUAUUAUUAAUCCUGAACAAUGCCUGUUCUAUUGUGUUUCUCGACGUGUCUUUAAUGUUAUAAUGGUGAUUCCUGACGUACACGUUAAGCGUUGAAAUAGUAGGAACACCUCUCUCGAGAUCUUGAAAUUGUCGACAAUUUCGAAUGAUUAUUCGGAUAGGGAGUAUAUCGAAUAGUUUUGCUGCCAAGUCAAUGUUAAUAUAAAUGCGUGUACACUGUGCAGAAAGGUCGUGCUUCCUGUGAGAUGCACAAUGAGAUUUCGUUAUUAUUUUUUAUCUCAAUUUAUUUCCAAACCGAAUCUCUAAUAUUCAUAUUUUUUGGGGGGGAUAUCGCUAAAUUCGUACUGAGGUCUAUUUUUAUGUUCUAUGAACGCGAUGGAUAACGAAUUAACAAUAUAUGAUAUUCCUUCUAGCGACAAUGAAAAAUACAAUAUGCGUUAUUGAAAUCGCA